AUCAGUUGUGCACCUGCUAAGCGAGGUGUUUGUUGUGCAUUUUUUCAACGUUAAUUAAAAUAUUAAAACAAUAAAAUAAUAAAAUAAAAUAUAACAACCAAAAAAAUCUAAUAUUUAAACGUAAUAACAAGAAAUUAUAAAAAAAUACAUUUUAUCAAUAAAAAAAUAAAAAAUAAAGAAUGUCAAAAAUUCGCCCUUUAUCAGCUAAAUUAGCGUUAAAAGCCCAAGAGGAGUUGGGUGAGAAACCCGAACGCAUCGAUGACGAUAUCAAAGCAUUACGUGAAUGGAUCCAAAAACAACCCCAUUUAAAAGCACGCACAGAUGAUCAAUUAUUGGUGGCCUUCUUGCGUGGCUGUAAAUAUAGUUUGGAAAAGGCUAAACAGAAGAUUGAUAGCUUUUAUGCUAUGCGAAAUGCGGUGCCUGAAUUAUAUAAAAAUCGUUUUGUAGAUGAUAAAGCUAUUGCUAUAUUGAGACAAGGCUGUUUAUUACGUCUGCCUAAACCUUUAAGUGAAGAUGGUCCUCGCAUACACAUUUCCCGUUAUGGUCUUUACGAUACCGAUAAAUUCAGUUUAACUGAAGUAGUUAAAGUUGGCACCAUGUUGGGUGAAAUACAAUUUCGUGAAGAUGACAAUGCCAUGGUUAUGGGCUUUUUAGAAGUUAUAGAUCUCAAGGGUGUAGCAGCGGGUCAUAUAUUUCAAUUUGAUGCUGUUCUAGUGAAAAAACUAGCGGUUUUAGGUGACAAAGCCUGGCCCUAUAGACCCAAAGGUUUUCACUUUGUUAAUGCUCCCUCGGGCACGGAAAAAUUACUCUCUAUAGCUAAGAGUUUAAUGAGUGAGAAAAUAAAGCAAAGAUUCCACAUUCAUUCCAAAUAUGAGUCCUUAUACGAUUAUAUACCUCAAGAGUGUUUGCCAGCUGAAUAUGGCGGCAGUAAUGGUACUGUUCAGGAUGUUAUCAAUACGUGGGAAAAGAAACUUUUGGAUUACAAAUCCUAUUUCGAUGAAGAAGUUCAAUAUUGUUCUAAUGAAAAACUAAGACCUGGCCGACCUGUCAAUUCGGAAUCAUUGUUUGGUAUUGAGGGUUCCUUUAGAAAAUUAGAUAUUGAUUAAAUUGUACAAUUGGGAUGGAGAUACGUUUUUUUUAACAAAAUGACAAAUUAUACAAAGAUUUUUAAUAAAAAUAAUUAAUAUAUUUAGAAAA